AUGGCUUUGACCAGCAACGAAAAACGCGCCCAGCGAAGGCAGCAGUGUCGCGAAGCCCUUGCAGCGCACAUAAAUGUCCGAUUGAAGCUUUCGGUUGCUCCCAGUCGGGUGCGGUUGCAGCCGUCCGCUGAGGAUGGCUAUGCCUGGUCUGUAGCGAAGACUAGCGCUCAUCUUCUGGAGACAAGCCUCAGCAAUGGCACCGUUGGCCUUUACAAUAAUAUCCUGGAGGAACUUGGCCGUACGAUAGAGGCGGUGGAUCCAAAGAUCCUGGCCUCGGUUGAGCCAGUUACACAGUUGGACGCGGGCGAAUCGACCCGCGCCGAUUCCUUUACAGCAAUUAUACAAAAACUCGAGCGAGAGAAUGAUCAGUUGAAAGGGGAGCUUACUCGGGCGCGAACCCGCGGCGAAGAACUCCUUAGCAGCGAGCAGAAAUGGGUGGCAAGGACAGUUACAUUGGAGCAGGAGCUAAGAAAUGGUCACGGCGUGAUGAUGGAGCUGCAGGAAGAGCUGAAGUGGACAAAGACCAGCGUGCAAGAGGCAAUCAGGUGUCUUCAGCGUUGUCCAAACACCGAGCCGAUGAGCGUUAGCAAAAGCCUGCAAACCUUGAGAGCUCAGUAG